UGUGGGAGGCGUUUGUCUCCUGUUACUUUCUUUUUCUUCCUCUAUUUGACUUCUUAUCUGCACUGAACAGAAUCUGAAGGCGAUCCACGUCAGGGUCUUAAAAGAACAGACACAGACAUGACCUCUGCUGAUCUGUUGGAAGAAUUAAACUGCUCCAUCUGCCUGGGAAUUUAUACAGAUCCUGUCACCCUGAGAUGUGGCCACAACUUCUGCCGGGCCUGUAUCAAUCAGGUGCUGGAUACCCAGGAGCAGUCUGUAAAUUACUCCUGUCCUGAUUGCCGAGAAGAUUUUCAAGAACGUCCAACUCUGAGGAAAAACACAACUUUAAGUAACAUAGCUCAAUGCUUCUUGUUUACUCAACCUAAAGAGGUGCAAGCACCAAUCUUCUGCACCUACUGUAUCCAGUGUUCAGUGCCAGCCAUUAAAACCUGCCUGUUGUGUGAAGCGUCUCUGUGCGCGAGUCACCUGGUUGUCCACAACAAGUCGCCAGAACAUAUUUUAGCCGAACCCACCACUAACAUGGGUAGCAGAAAAUGUUCCAUCCACAAGAAGAUCCUGGAGUAUUACUGCACAAAGGACGCGACUCUUAUUUGUGUGGCUUGCAGGUUGGAUGGUGACCACAAGGGUCACAAAAUUAAAACAAUGAAAGAAGUCUCGGAUGAGAAAAAAGAGAGAUCAAGAAAGGUUUUGAGUAAUUUGACCACGAAAUGUAAAGAAAACGAGAAAAACAUUCAGAGACUUCAAAAGCACAAGAGAGAAGUACAACAAAAGGUCCACAAUGAAAUCGAUAAAGCAGCUGCAAUAUUUAAAGAUAUUAGAAGACGACUUGAGGAUGAGGAGAAAAAAGUAUUUAGUGAGAUCUACAGGCAAGGAGAGCAAGUGUCGGUCUCAGUCACUCAGUUUGUCAAGAAGCUUGAGAUGGAGAAGGAAAUGCUGACCUACAGGAUGGAUCACAUCACAAAACUGUGUAACAUGACCGAUCCAUUUAGUAUCCUACACGAGCAGGAACCCAACAAAGAUACAUCUGACACAAGUCAUGGCGACAUUGAUGACCUAGGUAAUGUGGAUGUAGGUCUUAUCUCAAAGAGAUUAUACACAGGUUUAUCUGAUUUUGUAGCUGGUGUGAAGACACAAACCCAUGGGCAAUAUGCUUUGGCUAUAUCUUUAGAUGUAAACACAGCUAGUGAGGACAUCGAUAUAUCAGGUGACUUAUCAACUAUAUCAAGGUCAGAAAUAAAACAGUAUCAUCCCAAGAGAUUUGAGUACUAUCCUCAAGUACUCAGCCUCAAGAGCUUCUCCUCUGGACUACACGCCUGGGAAGUGGAAACCAGUGAAUCGGGGACCUGGAGGAUCGGAGUCGGCUACGACAGUGUAGAAAGAAAAGGAGAUCACUCAUAUUUUGGAGAAAACACCAAGUCCUGGUGCUUGCGGAGAUACAAUAAUAAUCUGUAUUCAGUGCUACAUGACAGUAAGGAGAUGCAACUAAGUCACAAGGUCUCCUGUCACCGAUUGAGAAUAUGUCUGGAUUACGAGGGUGGGCAGCUGUCCUUUUUUGAGUUGACCAACCCUGUUACAUAUCUGCAUACCUUCACUGCCACCUUCACCGAGCCUUUACACGCUGCAUUUUGUGUAUGGGAUGACUGGGUUAGAAUACUAAAGUAGAAGGGUCACAUUUAUAACACUAAUCUGAGAAGACAUAAGCUUUAAAAAAAAAUAAAACAUUUAUUGUGCUGCCCAUUCAUUUAGCAGAAUUUUUAUCUGGUGCUUGUCACCCCCCCCUUUUCUGAGUAAUGUACUUUUUAUGAGCUACCAAUGCCUGGAGGGAGGAGAGUGACAACAGCUCUAUGCACAGUUGUAGCCAGGUCAAAUGGUUGUCACCUUUCCAUAACUACUCAACUGGCGUCCCACCAGACCAAGCCGAAAGUCAUCAUGCCAAUAGUAAUAAAUAUACUUUCAGUACAUGCACAUUUGGAUGUGUAUUGGGUGAUACAAACCCCAUGGUGGUGACCCUACACUGAAAUCUAAAAUCUAGACCAGCUGGCUGGAAAGAUGACCGUUAUUUCCCAGCUCCCUCCAAUUCACUAAAAAAGGAACCAAAUUCACCUAGACUUAGGGGAAUUUUUUUAAACGAGGGACCAGCUACACAGCCUCAUGGUUACAAAUCAUGAUCGCAACCAUGCUUUGGAGGUACAUCGUGUGAUUUACACUUAAUAGAGGCAAAGCUACUAGAAAAAGAAACCGCACUCCAUCCACAGUUGUAAUUCUAUCUACGAACCUCAUCUGCUUUAGACUUUGCUUUCUAUACAUUUUUUUUAUGAAAUCUCUUUGGUUUGUACUUUUAACUUUCAGUAAAUUUAGGGCUAAACUGAUCUGUGUGAGCGAGGCCUCAUUGUAGGGUGUACAUUAAAGGAGUCUUCCUGGAUCGGCUUUUUGUAGAUGGAAUUUCAGCUUAUCCCCAUUUAUAUGAACAGUGGAUUUGAAAACAAGGGUUUGUCCAAAAAUGUCAUUACAAAAGCCACCCCAAUGGGCCACACAGAUAGAAUUAGCUAUGGAGCACUCAAAGACCCUUCAGACCCAUAGGGAGUCCGUGUUCAGCCAUGUGGUACUUACCACAACCUCCAUGUACCCACAUAAAAAAUAUGAGGUACAGAGAUAUAGCAUAGGACUACAAUAGGCUACAGCUGCCAUAAUAGACCUAUGUACAACAUACGGCUGCAAGAAAAAGUAUGUGAACCAUUUGGAAUGAUAUGGAUUUCUGCACAAAUUGGUCAUAAAAUCUGA